AUGUCCGGGAGUGCCGUCCCACAACUACCCCCAUUUCAUUUUUUGGCCUAUUGCUGCCUUUCAGGCUACAAAAGGUCGCUAGUCCCUCCGCGCCUUCUCAUCCACCUGCCUUCUUUUCCCUUCCUCAACACCACAAUUUUCCAAACUACGAUCCAGAAUUACACACCCAAAGAGGCUCGCCAAAAUGCGUUAAAUCAUCGUCUUCAGUUUGAUCCCGCUUCUAAGCUCAACAACAUUCAGUCCACAACAAUUCACAACAUUUCUCCGCUCCACACUUCAGCUCAACCUUCACAGGUCGAUCUGAACUUCACUACGGCUCCCAGCUCUAGCUUUAGUUCCGCCUCCGCAAACAUUCUACCCCGAGACUUUUCAGUCUUCACCACGGAUUCCCAAUCACCAUGGCUUCCCUCCAGUUCACCCAGCCUGCCGGCACAACCCGCGCAACAGCCUCAGUUCAGUCCACCGGAACAGUCUCCCCAGCAGGACUUCGUCUUGUUCGAUCAGCCUCGCACCAGUCAACCUAGACACUUGGCCGCGCAUACCGCCCUCGGUCUAAAUCAACGUCGUCACUCGUCGCACCAACUCCGACAGAACCCUCAAAGUCGCGUCCAUUUUCAACAGAAGCAUCGUCUUGCCCAGAUCCAAGCUUCCGGAUCCCACUCUCGGUCAUCUUCAGUGUACUCCCCCGCUCAAUCAGCUCAAUUCUACGCUUCGUCCGCUCCGUCGUCUUCAGCUGCUCUGAAUCGCCGCCAGCGUCCUCCUGUGCCAUUGUUCGCUCAAAGUCUUCAGGGUACAACCAACAAGAUGGAUAUCCAAGACCUUGACCUAGAGGAUUUCACCGGCUUCGAGGGUGGUGCUUCCACCACAUACUCGUCGCCUGCAAUGCCCUCGGUCUUCGACGUCGGUCCUACCAAUUUAGGCACCAUUUCUCCACAGGACCUGCUCAUUCAGGAGCCCUUCAUGUCUGCUCCAAACUCAACAGCCUUGACUGCCCUUACAUCGCCGUCGAUAUACAACGAGUCGCCAGACUUCAACGAUGGCUAUGAUGUCUCUCCCAGCUUUGACUCGGGCGAUUUUGGAUCAGCAGAUUUCGACAACACCACUGGUGAUCCUUGGUUCCCCCUCUUUCCCCAGGAGUCCACCUCCGUUGCGAAAGACGUUGCCGGUGUCGAGGAAAUCCAGAAGAUGCAGACUGAUCAGUCUCCUGCGCUCAAUGCCGAUGACCUGGAAGUGGUCGAGUUCACUUCUACAACGGGUCGCCGGAAGUCUGUUAACUCUUCCCCAACUGGGUCCGCUCGUCACUCGUCGGUGUCGGGUGUGAACUCCCGUCGACGAGACAAGCCGCUGCCUCCUAUCAUUGUUGAGGAUCCCAAUGACACCACUGCCAUGAAGCGUGCACGCAACACGUUGGCUGCACGCAAGUCUCGUGAGCGCAAGGCCCAACGGUUUGAAGAUUUGGAGGAGAAGAUUCGUAAGCUUGAAGAAGAGCGUGACCACUGGAAGAGCAUCGCUCUGGAUCGAUCUUGA